AAAAUGGAGAUCGGAGAAGAAAAUCCUCGAUGACCAUUGACAUUCAGAAGAGUUGGGAAGUGAGGACUGAUGUGUUCUGGUGGAGAAGGAAAACAAUGGAGCUGUGGAAAAGCGGGUGUAGUGAGUUUGCAGAAAGUUGGAUCUUUGGUUCGAGAUUUGAGCGAGCCUUGUCUUUCACAAUCGCGGAUACAGGUUGUUAUAACUAUCGGCAAAAUGCUUAAGCCAGAGAAGUGGCAAGCGUCUUUUGAUAGCGACGGAAGAGUUUCUGGUUUCCAAAAGGCGCUUAAAUUAAUUAUUUUGGGGGGAAUCGACCCGUCUAUUAGAGCUGAAGUUUGGGAAUUUCUCCUUGGUUGUUAUGCGUUGAGCAGCACCUCUGAGUACCGUAAUCAACUCAGGGUAGCUCGAAGGAAGCGAUAUAAUGAUUUGCUCAAGCAAUGUCAAACGAUGCAUUCAAGUGUGGGAACUGGUUCACUUGCCUAUGUUGUGGGGUCUAAAGUUAUGGAUAUGCGGAAAUCUUAUAGAGAUGAGGCAGUAAAGGUUGCUACUACAGAUGAAAACAGAGAAGAAGCUUAUAUAGAUAAUAAUGAUAAUGCUAAUACUGAAAAUCAUCACAGUGAUUGGAGUAAUAAUGGUACUGAUACAUCUCAUGUACACAGAAGGGGAAGUUCUAGUGAGUCAGUUGAUUUAGUAAGUGGAAGAGAAAGUCCGGAGAGCGUAGUAUACAACACUUCCUCCUUUGUAUCUGCCUCUAGUCCAUAUGGCUUUGCUUCCCCUGACGGUUAUUUCGACUUUCCCUCGCUACCGGUUACAGAUUUGUUUGGGAGGAAUAGUUUAGAUAAGAUUGAGGUUUCUACGCCAGACGAGGAUGCUUCAUUGAAAAGUGAAUUACGAUCUGAGGAUGAGGGAAUGCACAAUUUUCGAAUUGAUAAGAAUGCUGAUUUAAUUAGAGAACAACGUAGGUCCACUCCAGAGAUCGAAGUGAUGCAUCAGGAUUCUGUUGGACCAUCGUCUCAUACUGGUCGCAAUGCAGAAAUAGUUGAUGGUUUGAGAAUAUCAGAUGUCCCUGAAAUGGCAUCAGUAAAGGAGACUCCCUCUCGUGUUGGGAAUGUCACGGAAGAUCGAGUGUCUGAAUGGCUUUGGACUUUGCAUCGAAUAGUUGUUGAUGUGGUAAGGACGGAUAGCCACCUUGAGUUUUAUGAGGAUCCAGGAAAUCUAGGAAGAAUGUCGGAUAUCCUUGCGGUUUAUGCUUGGGUUGAUCCUGCAACUGGUUAUUGCCAAGGAAUGAGUGAUUUAGUCUCUCCUUUCGUGGUUCUAUUUGAAGAUAAUGCUGAUGCCUUUUGGUGCUUUGAAAUGCUUAUAAGAAGAACGCGUGCGAAUUUCCAAAUGGAGGGACCAACUGGGGUGAUGGAUCAAUUGCAAUCACUGUGGCACAUAUUGCAGAUAACAGAUAAAGAUAUAUUUUCCCACUUAUCGCGAAUUGGGGCUGAAAGUCUUCAUUUUGCCUUCCGGAUGCUCUUAGUUCUGUUCCGACGGGAAUUGUCUUUUAACGAAGCUCUCAGGAUGUGGGAGAUGAUGUGGGCAGCUGAUUAUGAUGAAUCUGUUGCUGAAACUUUGGAGAAUGAUUGCUUGGAGCCUUUGGUGAUUCAGCUUACAAGAAAAUCUGAACCUGAGAGUGGUCCGUUGCCAAAGACUGCUGGUCCUUUCUCUGAUGAGAGUGAGAUAAAGGCAGCAUCAUCCUCAUAUCACUUUUGUGGUUUGACAAGAAGUCUUUGGUCAAGGAAUGAUAGAACAACACAUGUCCCUUGUGUAGUUUCAUCCAUAAAAAAAGGGGAUGAUGCUCUUCCUGUCUUUUGUGUGGCGGCGAUUUUAAUCAUGAAUCGACAUAAGAUCAUGAAAGAAACUCGCUCGAUCGAUGACAUGAUACAGAUCUUCAAUGAUAAGGUUCUUGUAUUCCGCGUGAGAAGAUGCAUACGCACAGCCAUGAAACUUCGUAGAAAAUACAUGUACAAGAGUCAGGUAAUCAAGACCAAGAGCCACACUCAGUCUCAGAAUCUCAACCAGGUUCAAAUCCUGCAUCAAACCCAUAUGGAGAGCCAGAGGCCGGAGGAGAUUCAGAGCCAUGGUGAGAACCAGAGCCAAACACCAAGUUUACAUCAUAGUCCUGCCACUCAGAAUGGUGACUAGGCAGAAUUCCACCUAUAACAGGUCAAAAUAUAAAACAAAAAGAAAAAGAAAUAGAAGCUCACACAAGUAGGUCAUCUUUAGUUACGGAUUACGAGGAAGGGGUUUAUGUUUGAAGAUUCAUGCUUUGAUCUGUGUCUACAACAUGUUUGGCAACUUUUUUGAGCUAGCAGGAAGGAACUAGCGAGAGAUUUUGAAGCUUGUGAAAUUCAAUCACUUGGUACUUCACAAACUGUGAGUCUAAGACUCAUAACCAAAGAGGUUAGACAAAUAAAAUCUCCUUUCUCUU